AUGGGUACAGUGUUGAGUUUUAGCCCCCGGGAGCGUCGACCCAUUUAUUCGACGCACCAUCACAGCGCUGGGACUUUGUCGUCAUCUAAUUCGGCCGAUUUUCCACUGAACAACUACUCGUACGAGCAGUUGAACAAUGUAAAGAACCGUGAAAACACGAAACCGCCGAAUCUGAUCCAAACGGUGCCUAAUAACAAUGCCAUUAACAAUAAUAACUUGAACCUUAGUGGUAAGGAUGAUGGAAAGAACAAUAAUUCGAACAAUGCCGGAACGUUGAUGCUACUGCAGCAAACACAUCAGAGCAGCAUCACCGGAAACAGCAACAUCAAUAGCAUCAACAACAACAUCAACAGCAACAACAACAGUAACAGCAUACAGGAGCGCAAUAACAAUAACAACAAUAAUAACACAGACAGCUCUCGAAUCCUCUCGGAGAAAAAUGCUCUGGAGAAAAAUCUCAAGAAGCAUUCGCUGUUCAUCAAUGCACUUUCCUGGAAGCGACUGGCUGCAUCCCAUGGAAAGAAGAAGCUUGACAACCAGAAGAAUAAGUCAGCGAACCUGGCGACGGCCGCAUUCCGCGCUCCACUGACGGACACGGUCCACCCGAUGGUGGACAAGAACAAAAACCUCCAGCAGUCGCAAUCGUUUACGCAGCCAAUCAAUGGCACGCACCAGCAGCUGCAGCCGAUUCAGGUGUCCGGACAGCCGGGUCAGCAGCACCAGACCGUCUACUUCACACCCGGUGGUCCGAAGGCACUGCUGGCGUUGGACCUGGUGCGGGCCAACAAUACCAAUCCGCUGUCGCAACCGGAUAAGCUAGCGCCGAAGCUACCGCUGCAGUUACCACUGCCGUUGCAACCGAUCCUGAGCCAGCAGCAGGCUCACCAGCAGCAGUCACAGCUUCCACAGCAGUUGCACCACGGACAUGGGCCGCGGAAAACCGUCAUUCAGGCCUCAACUUCGGAGCUGCUGAAGUGUUUGGGUAUGUUCCUGCACGACCGAUGCCGAAAAUUGCGAGAUUUUCAAGCAGGUGACGCCGUGAUGUGGCUGCGGGCAGUCGAUCGGAGUCUACUGCUUCAAGGUUGGCAGGAUGUUGCCUUCAUCAACCCGGCGAAUGUGGUGUUCGUUUACAUGCUAGUUCGGGAACUAGUCGACGGCGAGGAGACCAAGGAAGCGGAACUGCAGGCGGCGGUGCUGACUUGUCUCUAUCUGUCCUACUCGUACAUGGGCAACGAGAUUAGCUACCCUCUGAAACCGUUCCUGGUGGAGGACUCGAAGGACAAAUUUUGGGAUAGAUGCCUACUGAUCGUAAACCGGCUGUCAUCCAACAUGUUGAGAAUCAAUGCCGAGCCCGGUUUCUUCACAGAAAUUUUCACCGAAUUGAAGGCUUGCGGCAUGAACUCGGCCAGCUCGAACCCGAACGGAAAUUUGCCAUGUGGUGCGGCUUGA